AUGCUUUACCUUGCUUCCCCCGGGAAACACCAGACAGAUAUCGGAUCAGUAGUUUUCCUCGCGCAUGACCGAAUAGAACUCAGAAAAGGUCCUCAAGCAUCCUCUGAUCCAUUUUUUGGUUACGGUAUCAGCAACUUCCCACGCGACUCUCAAGGCAAAGCCCAUCCGAAAGGGCCCAAGAAGCCCUUGCGCUGUAUAUUCGACCGACUUGCAAAUCUGAUCUCGGAAAUGAGCAACCAUGAAUCCGUGUUCACCGGGGUGACCGCAUGUUCUCAAAAUCUCAUGGAUGAGAACCAUAUAGGAGUAGUAACUGCAGUAUAUGGUGGCGCUGUUAACGUCGGAAUACCAGAGCACAAUCGGAUAAACGGGAUCGCCUGUGGAUGA